ACCUAGCACUUGACAAUCUUACUGAUGCACUUGAAGCUCUUCAUACUUAUUUUACCUAUCCAAUGCCAGUUGAUAAAUUUUUGUUUAUUCCUAAGGAAGAUAUUGUUUACAAAGUUUCUAAUGAUUAUCAGAUUAUUGAAGAACUUAUAGGCAUAUUCAAACCAGUCAAUCUAACUGAUGGUAAUUUAGAAGUUGAAGAUGAUAGCAUUGAAAUUUCUAUUAUUAGUGCUAACAUAGCAAUUGAAAGCUUAGAAACUGUAUGCAUGUUUCUGCUCCAGCAGGAUACUGCAGAUGAAUAUAUUAAAACCAUCAAAAAAGUUGAAAAAUUUAUUAAACAAAAAAAAAUAUAUCAAAUAAAACAAAGUAAAAUUAAUGACUAUUUUUAA